AUGCAGCAGGAACAUGGGGAAGACAGCAGUGUUCUAGAAGCGUCCACGCAGCAGGAACAUGAGGAAGACAGCAGUGUUCUAGAAGCGUCCACGCAGCAGGAACAUGAGGAAGACAGCAGUGUUCUAGAAGCGUCCACGCAGCAGGAACAUGAGGAAGACAGCAGUGUUCUAGAAGCGUCCACGCAGCAGGAACAUGAGGAAGACAGCAGUGUUCUAGAAGCGUCCACGCAGCAGGAACAUGAGGAAGACAGCAGUGUUCUAGAAGCGUCCACGCAGCAGGAACAUGAGGAAGACAGCAGUGAACAUGAGGAAGACAGCAGUGUUCUAGAAGCGUCCACGCAGCAGGAACAUGAGGAAGACAGCAGUGUUCUAGAAGCGUCCACGCAGCAGGAACAUGGGGAAGACAGCAGUGUUCUAGAAGCGUCCACGCAGCAGGAACAUGAGGAAGACAGCAGUGUUCUAGAAGCGUCCACGCAGCAGGAACAUGAGGAAGACAGCAGUGUUCUAGAAGCGUCCACGCAGCAGGAACAUGAGGAAGACAGCAGUGUUCUAGAAGCGUCCACGCAGCAGGAACAUGAGGAAGACAGCAGUGUUCUAGAAGCGUCCACGCAGCAGGAACAUGAGGAAGACAGCAGUGUUCUAGAAGCGUCCACGCAGCAGGAACAUGAGGAAGACAGCAGUGUUCUAGAAGCGUCCACGCAGCAGGAACAUGAGGAAGACAGCAGUGUUCUAGACGCGUCCACGCAGCAGGAACAUGAGGAAGACAGCAGUGUUCUAGAAGCGUCCACGCAGCAGGAACAUGAGGAAGACAGCAGUGUUCUAGAAGCGUCCACGCAGCAGGAACAUGGGGAAGACAGCAGUGUUCUAGAAGCGUCCCACGCAGCAGGAACAUGA